AUGAAUCUCUCUGGCAACAUUUCUCCCAGUUUUGCUUCGCUUACAUCUGUGACAAAACUGCUUCUUCCCAACAAUGCCCUCACUCGUACCAUACCAAGUGAACUCACCUGCAUGCUUGGUCUAGUAGAAUUGGAUGUUUCCAAUAAUCAAUUGCACGACAAGGUGCCAUCUUUUCGUGAGGGUGUAGUUGUUAAAACUGGUGGGAGUCCUGAUAUUGGAAAGGAUAAGCCUCAAGCCCCGCUUGGCUCAAAUCCUCAGGGUAAAUCUGGAGGUCAAUUGAAGAAAAAUAAUACUGGAGCAAUUAUUGGCUCUGUGUUGGGAGGUAUCAGUUUAAUUGGUUUGGUGGCUGCUCAACAUGUGGAAUCUGGGAAUAUGGUUAUUUCAAUCCAAGUGUUGAGACAAGUUACGAACAAUUUCAGUGNGGCAAACAUAUUGGGGAGAGGUGGUUUUGGCACUGUAUACAAAGGGGAAUUGUACGAUGGAACAAAAAUUGCAGUGAAAAGGAUGGAAUGUGGAAUGAUGGUUGAGAAGGGGCUCACUGAGUUUGAGUCUGAAAUUGCAGUACUGACUAAGGUUCGACACAGACAUCUGGUUGCACUGGAAGGCCACUACUUGGAUGGAAAUGAGAAGCUUCUUGUGUAUGAAUACAUGCCUCAGGGUCCUCUCAGUAAGCAUCUAUUUGACUGGAAAGAGCAAGGAAUACAACCAUUGGAAUGGAAGAGAAGGCUUUCCAUUGCCUUGGAUGUUGCCAAAGGUGUUGAAUAUCUUCACGGUUUGGCCCAGCAAAUUUUUAUCCAUAGGGAUCUAAAACCAUCAAACAUCUAAAACCAUCUAAAACCAGCAAAUUUUAAUCCCAAUCCCA